AUCAGUCAUGAGUGUAAGUAGUAUGACAUUUCAGCCUUUGCGUAUGGAAGAAUGAAGAAAGUCAUUUUUCAUAUACAUGAUCAGCUCUUUGCUUCAUUAUCAUAAAUAUAACUAAAUCAGAAUAUCAAGGUGGCAGAUAAGAUAUUCUUUUAUUUCAUCAGACUUGUAGAAAAUAUUUGCUUUUUCUCAAAAGCAAAGUAACAGCUUUUGCAAAAGUUAAUCUUACAUUAUAUAUAUCCAAAAAAUACCCCUCUAGUAAUUACUCAUAUUUUAUGUUGCUAUCUUCAUAUUUUACCUGUAAUUUUAUAUUUUUUUCUCACCAUUUUUACCAGAGCAAAAGCAGAUCAGAAGGCAACAAUGGAAAACCAUACAGCAGUGACAGUGUUUAUCUUAGUAGGAUUGACAGAGGACCCAAAAUUGAAGAUCGUGCUAUUUAUCUUCCUGCUUCUCACCUACUUGCUAAGCAUCACAGGCAACUUGACCAUCAUUACCCUCACUUUGCUGGAUUCUCAUCUCAAGACCCCUAUGUAUUUCUUUCUUCGAAAUUUUUCCUUCUUAGAAAUUUCUUAUACAACAGUCUGUAUCCCAAAAUUGCUUGUUAGCAUGGCAACUGGUGACAGAACCAUUUCCUAUAACUGUUGUGCAGCUCAGUUAUUUUUUGCCUUCCUUCUUGGUGCAUCUGAAUUUUAUCUCCUGGCUGCCAUGUCCUAUGAUCGUUAUGUUGCCAUCUGUAAGCCCCUGCAUUAUACUACCAUCAUGAGCAACAAAAUCUGUACCCAGCUAGUCCUUAGCUCUUGGAUGGCUGGUUUUCUCAUCAUUUUUCCAGGGCUCAUUUUAGGCUUAGGCCUGGAUUUCUGUGACUCCAAUAUCAUUGAUCAUUUCUACUGUGACACUGCUCCUCUCCUGCAAAUCUCUUGCACAGAUACACAUUUGUUAGAAAUGAUGAGUUUUGUCUUAGCUUUGGUGACUCUCCUGAUCACUUUGGUGUUAGUGAUUCUAUCAUACACAUAUAUUGCCCUGACAAUUUUGAAAAUUCCUUCUACCAACCAGAGAAAAAAGGCCUUUUCUACUUGUUCUUCCCACAUGAUUGUCAUCUCCCUCUCAUAUGGCAGCUGCAUUUUUAUGUACAUUAAACCCUCGGUCAAACAGAGGAUAUCCUUAGUGAAGGGAGUUGCCAUUCUCAAUACCUCCGUUGCCCCACUUUUGAACCCUUUUAUUUAUACUCUAAGGAACCGGCAGGUGAAGCAGGCAUUUAAGAACUUGCUACAAAGAGUUCUGUCUUUAUUCAAGUAA